AUGGAGCACAAAGAUGACGAUGAUGAAGAUGUAUCUUUUGCCAAAUGGAUGAGCAGCUUCUGGGGGCACAGCUGGAGAGAGGAGGACGAGAGAAGACUUCGGGAACGCCACCGACCACAAGAGUCCAGUUACAGGAAAACCUCCCUGCCUUGCCCAUUUCCUGGGCUUCCCAAAUUUACAUCAUCUGACAACCACCCUAGAAGGCACUCUCAUGAGGACCAGAAAUCCCAAAGCCAUCCUCAUUUGCGGUAUUACAGAAAAUACUCAAUGGAUGGGUCAUCCAGGGAAACACUGGAAUCAAAAAAACAAUCUCACUCCCAAAUUCAGGAAUUUUCAGAGUCCUUUGAACAGCAACUGUACUUUAAAGCCAAACAUUCUGUCACUUUGGGACCUGAGCACAGAAAGGAGAAAAAUGAAGGAGAAUGCCUGAAGGUGGAGAUGAAGACGUCUCAGAAAGUGGAGGAAAGGAGAUUGGCAGAAGAAGAACACCCAGAAACAUACCCGCCACCCCUGGCUGAGAAAGGACCAGAAUAG